AUGUGGUUGUUCCGCACUACUGCACGUCAUUUUUACUGUUCUGUGGAAGUUGGUUCACCUCAUUGUACAACAUGCGUGGCGAUUCAUGGUGAUAUUAAUUUGGAAGCAGGUGCAACAGAUGGCCAGUUAAAGGAAUACGAGAACACACUUUUCUUGAACGGUUCAAUUAUUAUUGAAAAUACCUUUCUGAGAAUAUUUCGUCUACCUAACCUAGCGAAGAUUGAAUGCACAACCAGACCCUGUGUCGUAAUUCGGAACAACUCGCAAUUAAUCUCCAUUGACCUUCCUGAGCUGAACGAGAUUAUCUACAAAGAACAGCCUGCUGAUGAGCCGGUGGUUUUACUUCAAGGAGAUGCUCUUGCGAUUACAAAAGAUGAUGUUAAAACAUUGAAAACUCUCACUGGAGGCCAUCUAACUAUUGAACACGAAGUUGUUGUGGAUACAAACAAAUACAAAUUUGAGAAACCUCCUGAAUUUUUACAUGUGGAUACAGUGCUUCUCAUUUUAUGUUGUGGAUUAGUUCUAUUUGUUAUUUUCCAAGUACUAGUUUCAAUUGUAUUCCUUUCAAGAGGACUGUGGCUUAAGAGACAAGAAGUAAUCAUGACAAAAGGGAUGUUAGAAGUGAGAAGUAUCAGCAUAAAUGCUAAGACAAGUCGAUACCUCGUGGAAGAUUAUCAAAAGAAAAACCCUACGAAGACCUUCAGUGAGGCAGUGGUCGAUAUUAAAGGGACUGCUGGACAAAUGCAACCUAUUCUCAACCGGCGUAAUCGUGCUGUUCUUCGCGAAACUAUAAAACAUAUGAAAGAAAAGAAUUAG